AUGUCAGGUCGCUCAAGCGGCUCCGGCUCGAGCUCGCGGGCCUCCGGCGAUUAUAAAGAGAUCCGCCUUCCCAACAGCCGGUCCGUCAAAGCCCUGAUCUACUUCUGUGGCCGCGACCCCCGGAAAGCGAAGAGCGUCCGCCGCUACUACGACGAGGAUUUCGAUGCCCGGAGCACCGGCUCCGGCGGCUCCGGCAGCUCCAUGUUCUCGUGGUCCAGCGCAGCGAGCCAGGUUUAUCUAGUCGAAGCUACCGCUCCUUAUUGGUACAUGGAGGAGCCAACUUCGGUGUCAUAUUCGUCUCCCCCCAGGAAACAAAAAUCUUCAAAGAAAGGCAGAACCUCUCGCGCUUCCCAGCGCAACGCUCCUCCUCCCACCGGUACCUGGGGGAGGAAUGCCAGGGUCGAUGACGACGAUGACGAUGACGAUGACGAUGACGACUACGACGACAGCAGCAGCGACGGUAGCGCCGAUGACUACGGCGGCCAGAACCCCGGCGCGUACCAGCAUCCCCCAAUGCAUCCCGGUAUGCAUCCUGGGAUGCAGCCCGGCAUGCCAAUGCCGCCCCAGCAGGGACCUCCGCCGGGUGCCUUCCAGCCCAUGUAUGGCUACCCGCAACAAGCUUCUCCGCAUCCGAUGCCCCCGGCCGGCUUUCCUAUGCCCCCUCCACCACAGCCGACACCUGGCGGGAUGCCACCGCCGCCACCACCACCCCCUGGAGGCCACUUCGUACCCGGCCGCGGCGGCGUCCAGGUGUUUGUGGACGGUUGA